AUGCUUUUGACUAUUAAAUUGGAGUUACAAGAAAUUAUUCGUAACAACCAACCGACCAUAAUUUACGAAACACUUUAUCUAAGACAAAUCAAUAGAACUAGAAAACUUGCUAGUAAUCUUCAUUUAGUAGACAAGAAGAAACUUGAGGCCGCAAUUCAAAACGAUUACAUGACUUUAAAAUUAACCAAUUGGUAG